CAUCACCUUUUCCCUUUCUCCAGGAUGGCUCAAGAUUCAGUAGGCUUUUUUUCUGCUUAUCAGUUUUGGAUGCAGAAGCUUUCUGUGUGGGACCAGGCCUCUACUCUAGAAACCCGGCAAGAUGCCUGCCUUCACCUGCCUCGAUUUCAGGAGUUCCUGAGGCAGAUGUAUGAAGUCUUGAAAGAGAUGGAUUCAAAUACGAUCAUUGAAAGGUUCCCCACAAUUGGUCAACUCUUGGCAAAAACUUGCUGGAAUCCUUUUAUCUUAGCAUUUGAUGAAAGCCAGAAAAUUCUAAUAUGGUGCUUAUGUUGUCUAAUUAAUAAAGAACCACAGAAUUCUGAAGAAUCGAAACUUAACUCCUGGACACGGGGGUUGUUAUCUCAUAUACUUUCGGCAUUCAGAUUUGAUGCAAAAGAAGUUGGUCUUUUUACUCAAGGUCUUGAAUUUACACCUGCAGAUUACUAUCCUGGUUUGCUUAAAAAUAUGGUUUUAUCAUUAGUGUCUGAACUCCGAGAGAAUCAUCUUAAUGGAUUUAACACUCAAAGGCGAAUAGUUCCUGAAAAAAUAAGGCUCCUGUCACGAAUUUGUAUACCACUUGUAACUCUGCCAGAUAUUGAACCACUGGUGGAGGCUCUUCUCACCUACCAUGGACAUGAACCUCAGGAAGUGCUCUGGCCUGAGUUCUUUGAUGCUGUGAAUGAGGCCUUUCUGCUGAAGAAGAUCUCUCUCCCCGAGUCCGCUGUAGUCUGCCUCUGGCUUCGGCACCUUCCCAGCCUUGAAAAAGCAACACUGCAUCUUUUUGAAAAGCUGAUCUCCAGUGCGAGAAAUUUCCUGAGAAGGAUCGAAUGCUUUUUGAAAGAUUCAUUACUGCCUGAAGCAGCCUGCCACCCUGCCAUAUUCAGAGUUGUUGAUGAAAUGUUCAGGUAUGCACUCCUGGAAACCAAUGGAGCCCCAGAAGUAAUAGCCACUAUUCAGGUGUUUACAGGGUGCUUUGUGGAAGCUCUGGGAAAAAAAAACAAGCAGCUGAAGUUUACAUUCAAGACCUACUUUCCUUAUGGCUCUCCAUCCCUUGUUAUGGUGCUGCUACAACACCCAAAAGAGAUCCCACAAGAACUGUGGCACCAGCCACUGAAACAUAUUUCCGAAAUGCUCAGAGAAAUAGUUGAAGACCAGACUCACAGGUCCUACGGAGGCCCCUUUGAGUGCUGGUUUUUGUUCAUUCACUUUGGAGGAUGGGCUGAUAUCGCAGCUGAGCAGUUAGUGAUGUCAGAAGCUGAACCCCCUGAGGCCCUGCUCUGGCUCUUGGCAUUCAGCUACAGCCCACGUGACGGGAGUCUGCAGCGAGCACAGACCAUGGUAGAGGUAAAAGCAGUGCUCGUCCGCCUCAAAAAGCUGCUUAGAAGUCCGAGUCUCUCAGCCAAGGAUCUUCAGGCAGCAGCUGCAGAGAGCAGAGACAGAGACCCCAGACCACCUUUGUGUCAACAGCUCAUCAGGCGCCUCCUCCUGAACUUCCUGCUCUGGACUCCUAGAGCCCAUGUGAUUGCCCGGGAAGUCCUCACCCUUAUGGCUCCAACUGAUGAGUUAGCCCACGAGAUGACUGGCUUUCUUGACCAGACCUUGUACAGAUGGGAUCAUCUCCGCAUGGAAGCCACAAGGCCGAGAAAGCUGGCCAGAGAACUCCUCGCAGAGCUGCGCCCAGCUGGCACUGCUGUGUAGGCACCGGGCUCCCUGUGGCCUCGUGAGGGAUUUGAGAUGAAGCCACACUGUCUUGCUUCCCUGAGAAAUUCUUCAUCGAGGAGCCUCUCGGGGACCUUAGAAGGGAAACAGGGUCCACUUGAGACUGAUAGCAAAGUGGUCGUGAAUGGGACCACUGCUCAUUGGUGGGCACGCGAGCCAGCCCUGCUGUGGAGGACGGUACUUGCCAACGGGGUAAAGCCGGUUCCAGUGCUA